AUGGCGCGUGCAAAGAAUACUGCACGUAAAUCAGCCGGUCGCCCUUCCGAUGCUCCACGCACAGGUCGUAAGCGUCCUGCAGGAAGCAUUGAGCGUAUGUAUACAGCAUAUACAUCGGGGGACCCGGUUCCGCGGGCAAAAGGGCGGCGCUAUCGGCCGGGAACAGUGGCAUUGAAGGAGAUCCGACGGUAUCAGAAAAGCACGGAUCUUCUGAUCCGAAAACUGCCGUUUGCACGGGUUGUAUGCGCGGUCAACCGACUAUGUGGCGAGCUUCUCGACAGACUUUGGGCUGCGCUGGCAGUCGACGGCAAUACUGUGCCUGCAGGAGGCGACAGAGGGUGA